AUGAUUUCCAGCGCAAUAUUUGAGAACAAGGCCAUCGCCAUGAUGGCAUUCCUCUUUGUGGGAUUAGCCGUUGGCACUCCAAUGAAUCCUCACGGAAACAUCACAUCUCAGGAUGACGACCAGGCCAGCCACGGGAACAACACACACAACCCAACCGCAGGCCAGGCCUUUGGGGGUGACCUAACCUGGUAUGAAACCGGGUUGGGAGCAUGUGGCUGGUUUAAUAACGGGGGAGACCACAUCUGCGCCGUGUCUCAUAUUGUCUUUGACCGUGCGAAUGUAGACGGUAACCCCAACCACAAUCCACUCUGUGGCCGGUUGAUCCACAUUCAACGGGGCGACAGAGGCAUAGAUGUCACUCUCGUGGAUCGAUGUGAGGGGUGUGGGGAAUUUGACGUCGAUGUCAGCCGUGGUGUUUUCGAGCAACUCGGUAACCUCGAUGAGGGCCGGGUUCACACUGAUUGGUGGUGGAUAUAG